GGAGGCAAGGAGGGGAAGGCGGGGCCUGGGACGCGAGGGAAAAUCAGGAGAAGGGAAGAGCGCACACGGGAGCGGGCUCGGGGUCAACAAGGACAUUGGGCUCCAGCUCCUGCGGCCCGCUAGGCCCGGACAGAUGUAGAAUUGUUUUUCAAAAGUUGAUUCAGACUAUGGGUACGUCCACAUCCACUCCUGCUGUGGCGGUGCAGGUCUCCCCUGCUUCAGAGCAUGAAGCUGGUUCUCCACCUUCAGGGUGCCCGAUGCACCAAAAAAAAGAAACAGGUUGUCCAUUAAAUAUAAAUUCAUCUGACAAAACUUGUGAAAGUCAAUCGAAUUCAGUACCUGCACAUCAAGAUCGAGCAUAUGAAUAUGUGGAAUGUCCUGUAUCAUCAGCUGCCUAUCAAAAUAAAGAUGAUAUAGAUCCUUCAAACAUGAUGCCGCCGCCUAAUCAGACUCCAGCACCUGGUCAGCCAUUUGCAUUGUCAACUGUUAGGGAAGAAUCAUCAAUUCCUAGGGCAGAUUCAGAUAAAAAGUGGGUUUACCCUUCUGAACAGAUGUUUUGGAAUGCCAUGUUAAGAAAAGGAUGGAAGUGGAAAGAUGAUGAUAUUAGUCAGAAAGAUAUGUAUAAUAUUAUUAAGAUUCACAAUCAGAAUAAUGAACAGGCUUGGAAGGAGAUUUUGAAGUGGGAAGCUCUUCAUGCCAUUGAGUGUCCAUGUGGGCCAACACUGAUCCGAUUUGGAGGUAAAGCUAAGGACUAUUCACCAAGAGCCAGAAUUCGCUCAUGGAUGGGGAGGAAGAAAGAAUUGCUAAAAUUAUCUGUUAUUGUGAAGACAGGGGCCAUUAUGUGUGGAAAAAGUUCAUUGAACUAGACAGUGAGGUUGUUAUUUUGGAGUUGAAUAUUAAAAUAGAGGACUUGGGCUAGGAUUGUUUGUCAAAUAUUUGGUUUUAGAAUUAUUAGGAUUAUAUUGCUCUUAUACUUUCUGCAUCUUAACUAUGGGUGACAUUGUGAACCCCAAAACUUUCUUCACAGGUUUGUCUUUUUCAUUUCCUACUCUCAGGGGAUUAACUCACAUUUGAGUAUGACUUAUUACUGUGCUAAAUGAUUCAUAUAUCUACAUUUCCUGCACUAACUUUUACUCCAUUCACAUAUUUCUGGUUGCCUGUACAACUUUUUCACUUAACAUGUCAGGCUUCUGCAUCUUUGCUCCUAAAAUUGACUCCUACUAGUUUUUUUUUCAGGAGUAGCAACAUUUUUUGAUUUUGGUCCUCAUCACUUCUACCACUUGGACUUUUUCAGACUCUUAAUCAGUUAAUCAAUGAAUUAUCAUAGCAGUCUCUGUCUUGCUUUUCUACCUCUAUUCUCUUCUCUGUACCCUUGUCUGUCUAAACUAUAUAAACCGUGUUCUCACUGUUAGUUCUCUGCUCAACAGCAUAUAGUAGCUAUCCUCAUUCUACUAUGUCAAGUCCAUUUUUUUCCUGCCUGGCUUUCAAGGUCCUUGAUAAUUUGUCCCUACCCUAUCUAUCCAACAUCAGUUCUACUAAUCUCAUUAAUCCAGUGAAGCUGGUCUCAUUUCACUAGACUUAAAAAUAUUGUACCUUAUUCCCAUAUACUUUACUUUUUCUUCCCUGCUGGUACGCUUUCCUGUAAUUUUUCUUCCUUUUCUAUCUGACCUGAAUCCUUCAGAGUCAAGUUGUAGUCUCAGUUCUCCCAUAUGAGACCACCUUCCCCUGACAGCUACUGCCUACAUUGCAUUUAAUAUCCCCCCACGUCUGCUUAUUUGAUAUUAUAUGGUUCUCUGUUUUCUGUGUUUUAUUUCUGCAAAUAAUUGGUAACUUCCUUGAGGACAAUGUAAGUGUUAUAAAUACUUAACGACUUAAUUGAUCAUGCAGAGCCUAUACUGACUAGCAUGUUUUCA